UGACGAAAAGUGUUUCCACUGAGGCGCCUAUAAAAAGCCAAGAGCAUAACAACUAAACGGAUUCUUCGGCCAGAAUUGACAACACAUUGGAGCUUCUUUAAUCCAGAAAUGUUUCGGGGUGUGUGCCUGCUGCUUGCGGCGCUUUGGCUGCAGUGGCAAGUGAACGCACAACAUCUGAGCAGGGAGGAAAUUGAAAAAGCUGUUAACGCUGCCAUCACUAAGGUGGACUCUGCAUAUGAGUACUCAAGACAAGAGUGCCUUGAACGUGUCAAACGGAACGCAGCGAGGCCCCAGGAUGUGUUACGCUUGCUCAAGCAGCCUAUGGGAAUCUCUCGUGAGAUAGCCCGAUCUGCUGAUUACAUGAGCAAUGCACUGGAUAUCAUCAAAAGAUCUGCGGAAAGACGUCAGAGACGUUCUAUCAACGCCACAGACCUGCUGUCUGAGGAGGAUUUAGAGUUCAUAUCAGAACUGACAGGCUGCUCACCACGACAACGCAUCCCCUCUUGCAGGACAACACCCAACCUUGAUGUCUUUCGCACUGCAAGCAGUGUCUGCAACAACAGGUAUAAUCCCCGAUGGGGAGCCUCUAACAUACCAUUUGCACGCUGGCUGCCUUCUGAGUACCAAGAUGGAAUCUCUGAGCCUCGAGGGUGGGACCCUAUCAAAAUUAACGGCUUCCUUCUUCCUUUGGUCAGAGAGGUGUCUAACAGCGUUCUGAAAACACCCAUCAAUGAUGUGGUGAGCGACCAAGUAUUCACUCACCUCUUGACCAUCUUUGGACAGUGGAUGGACCACGACCUGACGUUCACACCUCAUUCUCCAGUCAUUCGUUCAUUCAGUAAUGGCAUUGACUGCGACGAGAGCUGCGAGCGCACUGAACCUUGCUUCCCCAUCGAGAUUCCCAAGAAUGGCCCACGCUUUGGCUCCCAAGAAUGCAUCCCUUUCUUUCGCUCGACAGCCACAUGUGGAUCUGGACCCACAGGUUCCAUCUUUGGCGAAGCCACUGUGCGGCAACAGUUGAACACCCUCACAUCUUAUAUUGAUGCGGGUCAGGUGUAUGGGUCAGAUGAUGUCAAAGCUCAGUCCCUUCGCAACCUCAACACAGAUGAGGGCUUGUUGAGGGUCAAUACAGAGUUCACUGACGGCGGUCGAGAACUGCUGCCCUUCACCACUAUGGGAGCCAACUUGUGUGCAACCCGAGCUCGGAUCACCAAUGACCCUGACGCCCAGGAAGUGCUUUGCUUUUUUGCAGGUGAUGAACGCUCCAAUGAGAACAUUGCUCUGACCUCUAUUCACACACUGUUCUUGCGUGAGCACAACCGGCUGGCUCGGGCCCUGCGCAAACUAAAUCCAAAGUGGGAUGGAGAGAGAAUCUACCAAGAAACACGCAAGAUCGUUGGAGCAUAUCUUCAGGUCAUCACUUUCCGAGACUUCUUGCCCCCCAUUGUUGGUCCAGAAAUCAUAUCCAAGAAGCUGUCCACCUACCCUGGCUAUAAUGACACUGUGGAUGCCACCAUCUCCAAUGCAUUCGGAGCAGCUGCCUUCCGAUUUGGCCACUCGAUGGUUCAACCCUUCAUAUUCCGCCUCGAUGGGAGCUACAAGGAUCACCCGUUGUACCCCUCUCCGUUGCUGCACACAGCCUUGAACACACCAUGGAGGGUUGUCUUUGAAGGUGGCAUAGACCCCAUCGUGAGGGGGCUUGUGGGUCGACAGGCUAAGUUGAAUGUUCAGGAUGCCAUCAUUACGGAUGAACUGAGAGACUUGUUGUUUAGAUUCUCUUUUGAGAUGGCACUUGAUCUGGCCUCUCUCAACAUGCAGCGUGGACGAGACCACGGAAUCCCAGGAUACAAUCGAUGGCGCAAGUUCUGUGGUCUGUCACAGCCACAAAAUGAGAAGGAGCUGGCCUCUGUGCUGCAAAACGAUGAACUGGCUCGGAGGUUGAUAGAACUUUACGGCACGCCUGAUAACAUUGAUCUAUGGCUUGGAGGAAUUGCAGAACGUCUUGUGAACGGAGGAAGAGUUGGACCUCUGUUUGCUUGCCUGAUAGGCACUCAGUUCAGCAAGAUUCGGGAGGGAGAUCGACUUUGGUGGGAGAACAAAGGGGUAUUCACGAAGGCCCAGAGAGCCUCUUUGGCAGGAACAUCAUUUUCCCGCAUCAUCUGUGACAACACCGGCAUCUCUGAAGUUCCAGACCAACCCUUCCUGUUUCGGCCACGAGGCUAUGGUUACACCAAAUGCAGUGACAUCCCUCCGUUUGACCUGACUCCGUGGCAGGAGCCUCCACAUGAACCUACAGGCCCCACCAAGUACCCACCAGGCUAUGUACCUCCCACCACUCCGUACCCACCAGGCUAUGUACCUCCCACCACUCCGUACCCACCAGGCUAUGUACCUCCCACCACUCCGUACCCACCAGGCUAUGUACCUCCCACCACUCCGUACCCACCAGGCUAUCUACCUAACACCACGUACCCAGCACAAACAACCCCCUUUAUCACCAAAUACCCCCCGGGAUCCAACGGAUCCAAAGGAACCCCUGGACCAAAAGAACCAGCAGGCCCCCCUGGAUCCUAUCAUGAGAAUGUGGCCUUCUCCGUGCGACUGGGCAACAACUACCCUAGUCCUGGUGUUCCUAUCCCCUUCUACGACGUCAUCUACAAUGGACAGAACAGCUAUAACACCAACACAGGCAAAUUUACAUGCCCAUAUUCCGGCGUGUAUGAAUUCCAAUUCUACUGUACAAUCUAUGAGCACGCUGCCAGCGUAGAUCUGUUGCGCAAUGGAGUGUUGAUUGUGCAUUCCUACACUACCAAGCAAGAUGGUUACAUCUCAGCCAGUGGAGGCACGUACAUCAAGCUAGAUGUAGGAGAUGAGGUUUGGCUGGUGGCUAACUACGGUGGCAAUGGUCUGACCAGAGACAGCUACUUCUCGGGGCGUCUGGUCUUUACUGAGAAAUAAGCCAUGAUUAUUCUAUGUGCCAAAAAGGCAGUAUUUUGCCAAGAAAGCACUUGAAGAUCCCAAAUUAACCUCACAUUUGGCAUUUGUAUGAUUUAUAGACUUUUCAUUGAGCAGUAAGGUUGGGCGUGCAUGCAAAUAAAUCAAAUAAUGAACUUGUCAUUGGAUAUCCUCUUGAGUGCACAUGACUGCACACAGAACACAUACUCUGGUGUAACCCUUGACCCCAGCCACAUACCGUAUUGCGUCAUCAAGCGGAUUCAUCCUGCAAUAUCCAGUUCAAUCCCAAAUAUUUUUUCCUGUUUUUUUAGUCAGCACUGUACAGAAGGUGUAUUACUUUCCUGUCAAUGAUCAUUGUCUUUACAUCAGAAGAACACUGUUCAUUUUUGUUCGUAUUUUGAUCUUUGAACCUCCUGGGUUGAUUUCAUCUCUGCCACAAGUCACAGCCUGUGAGACGCGUUCUUCAAUAGACCAGUAGAUGGCGCUGAUAUACAACGGAACUUGAAGUAGGUUGUGGCCCUCCACCUGUGGAAUGAAUUAAACCUAGUACGGCAUGUCUUUUCUUUCACAGCAUGAUGAUAAAGUGUCUUUUUUACGUU